AUGUCAAUAAAACGUCGACAGCUAUUCGUUGGUGUUCUUGAUAAUGAAACAUGGACUAAUGAAAAAUUAUGUGCAUAUUUCAAUAAACAUGCUAGUUCAAACGAUGAACAGUAUAUCGUUGAUUGUCAAAUAAUGUCAUAUAGUGAAGCAAGAUUUCAAGAAAAAUCUUUUGCAUUUAUCACAUUUACUGAUGAAGCUUGUGUUGACCGUUGUAUGACCAAAAGAGCACAAUUUAAUAAUGAUUAUGGAAUUACAAUAAAACGUUUAUUACCAGAUUCUAUAACGAAAUGUGAAAGACUUAUGUCGUCAACAGAUAUCGUUAUUCGAAUAUCUUCACCAGAUCCAUUAUUCACGGAAGAAAAUAUUCGUUCGUAUUUUGGCACGUAUGGAAAGAUUGUAGAUUUUAAAAUGCUUGAAGAAGAAGAUAGUGCUGGCAUAUGUUUCAUAACAUUUGAAGAUUUUGAUUCUUCCGAUCGUGUUCUUCUUGAUACUCCACAUUAUUUAAAUGGUCAAUUACUUUCUAUUCAUAAAUAUACUGCACCCGAAUAUAUUUGUAAUUUAUCACAAUUUCGUUUUAUUGAUCCAAAAAAUGCCUAUCAAGUUAAACGAUGGUAUCCAAUAUUUCGAAAUCUUACUGAUUUUAUGCAGCCAUUAAAAAUUUUAUAUAAAACACAAUUUGCUCUAGUUAAAUAUAAUAUGAAUAGACAAAUUGUAGUAAAUAAUCAAAAUUUAAAUAAAACAAAAGAAAAUUUACAUGAAUUUGAAAAUAAAUAUAAUGAUCUUAAACAAAACUUUCUUCAAUUAAUUAAUUUAAAUGAACAAUUAAAACAACAAAUUGAAGAGCUUGAAAAGAAAAAUGGAAAGAAUAAAAAUCAAUUUGAAAAUCAAUUUGAAGAACAAAAAAGAAAAAAUCAAUCAUUAGAAGAUGCUAUUUUGUUAAUGUCUUUAUCAAGCGAUUCAAAAGACCUUCAACGACACGAACUCUAUGUUGGUGUAUUUCAUAAAGAUUCGUGGACAUCUGAAUCCCUGAUUGAUUAUUUUCAUCGAUUGAUCAAAGGUAGUAGUAUUACAGAAUGUCAUUUUUAUCCAUGUGCAAAUGCAGUACUAAAUGAUUGUUGUUUUGCAAUUUUAACGUUUGCUUCAAUUUCAAGUGUUGAUCAAUGCUUAGCUAAACGUUCUCAAAUCAAUCAAGAAUAUCGAUUUAUUGUCAAAAGAAAUCUAAGAGAAGUUUCAAAAGAUCAAAGACCCAUUACUAAAUAUAUUUUAAUACAUCUUGAUAAAUUCGAUUCGUCUUUUAAUAAAAAAAAUAUUUUGGCUUAUUUUGGUAAAUAUGGUUCAAUUUUUCAAUGGAAAAUACUUGAUAAUGGUCGUACAUUUCUAUUAAGUUUUGAAGAUUAUGAUUCAAUAGAUCGUAUUGUUCUUGAUCAACCACAUGUUAUUAAUCAACAGUAUUUAUCUAUUCGGAAAUGUUAUAAUCCGUAUACACGUACACUAGCUUGUUCGACUGAUAAUCAGUUAAAAGAAAAAAUACGUAAUCUACAAGCAUCCAUUGAUAGAUCAAAAUAUAGGUACGAAUCUGAAUUUAUGAAGCUAAACAUACAGAUAGAAGAAGAAAUUGCUACAGUAGAAAAUCGUCUUUCAGAAACCAUGAAAUCAUAUAUUCGUCUUGAACGAACUCAACGUGAUCUCAAACAAGACUUAAUUAGCGCUCGUCAGAUUAAUCAACAAUUAAAAAAAAAACUUGAAGAAACUGUACAGAAAAAGGAAAACAUUAUUGAAGAAUUUGAAAAUCAACUUGAACAACAACGAUCUAUGAAUAAAUUAUUAGAAGAAUCUAUUUUGAAUUUUUCUUAA